UAAUUCACUGUUAGAAACUAAUUAUUGAUGAUCUCAUCAACCGAUUUUGUUGGUUCAGCGUAGAGAUUUAUCAUAUGUACAGAUAUUUUUUCUGAAAGGGCAUGGAGGAGGAGUUGAUUGCAGGGAAAUAACUUGAAAAUUGUUUUAAAGAAAAAAUCUUUGAAAAGUCUUAUCUUUGCUAGACUCGAAAUGGCUGCUGGGAAAUAUCAAGAAUCCUACUCUUCCCGGUUUUCUUAUUGUAAAUAUCAAGUGUUCUUGAGUUUUAGAGGUGAAGACACCCGCAAGAACUUUACCGAUCACCUCUACAAGGCCCUGGUUGAUGCAGGGAUUCACACAUUUAGAGAUGAUGAUGAAAUUCGGAGAGGAAAGAAUAUAGAGCUGGAGCUCCAGGAGGCAAUACAACAAUCAAAAAUAGCGAUAAUCGUGUUCUCCAAAAACUAUGCUUGGUCGAGAUGGUGCCUCGAUGAACUUGUAAAGAUCAUGGAAUGUAAGAGGAAUGGUGACUGCAUAGUUUUCCCAGUAUUCUAUCAUGUGGAUCCAUCUGAAGUCAGAAAUCAAACUGGGAGCUUCGCUGCAGCAUUUGUGGAACAUGAAAAGCACUACAAGGAGGAGAUGGAGUGGGUGAAUGGGUGGAGGAUUGCUUUGAAGGAAGUUGCAAAUUUAGCUGGAAUGGAUUUAGGAGAUGGGUACGAGGCACAGUUUGUCCAAUCUAUUGUGGAGAAUGUCUCAAAGAAUUUGGAUCCAAAAAUAUUUUAUGUCCCCCUUCAUUUCAUUGGAAGAGAUCCUCUAGUACAGGAUAUCAACUCAUGGUUGCAAGAUGGAUCCCAUGGUGCUGCCAUUGCUUUACUCUAUGGAAUAGGUGGAGUUGGAAAGACAGCCAUAGCUAAGAGUGUUUUUAACCAGAACUAUUAUACAUUUGAAGGAAAGAGCUUUCUAUCAAAUUUUAGGUCAAAGGAUAUAGUUUGCCUACAGAGGCAACUUCUUUUCGACAUCCUAAACAAGACUGUUGAGAUAAAUGAUCCUGAUGAAGGAAUUCUGAAGAUUAAGGAUGCAUUAUGUUGCAGAAGAACUCUUAUUGUUCUAGAUGAUGUGGACAAAAGGGACCAAUUCAAUAAAAUCAUUGGCAUGCAAAAUUGGCUUUGUAAAGGAAGUAAAAUCAUUGUAACAACCAGAAAUAAGGGUUUGUUUUCAGCUAAUGAUAUUGAGGGGGUCCGGUGCAAAGUUGGACCGCUAGAUGAUGAAAAAUCACUUGAGCUUUUCAGUUGGAAUGCCUUUGGACAAGCUAACCCUGUUGAUGGUUUUGUGGAAGACUCUUGGAGAAUAGUACAUCAUUGUAAUGGACUUCCAUUAGCUCUUGGAGUUAUUGGCUCUUCAUUGUCCGGAAAAGGAAGAGAAAUAUGGGAAAGCGCAUUACAACAAAUGGAAGUGAUUCUUAAUUUUGAAGUUCAAAAGGUUCUUCGAAUAAGUUACGACUUUCUUGAUGGUGAUUAUCCGAAGAACUUAUUCCUUGAUGUCGCAUGUUUCUUCAAUGGAAUGGAUGUGGAUGAUGCAGUUAGGAUACUGGAUGGGCUCGAUAAAGGUGCAAGAUUUGGGAUUGACAAUCUCAUCGAUAGAUGUCUUGUUGAAAUCAACAAUGAUAAAAGGUUGUGGAUGCAUCAACUAGUAAGAGAUAUGGGAAGGGAAAUUGCUCGUCAAGAAUCUCCCAAAUGUCAAAGAAUAUGGCGUCACGAGGAUGCUUUUACCGUUUUGAAAGGAACUACUGAUGCCGAAAAAUUGCGAGGCCUUACCCUGGAUAUGCAUGCAUUAAUGGAAGAUGAUUAUGCAGAAGUUGUCUGUACCAAUUUAAUGGUUCGCAGCAAGCGUCGCAGGCUUAACUUCUUUCAACAAUGGCUUUCUGACUUUUUCGAUGGAGAAAAAUUACAAACUGGCCAAACAAGUUUGUUUCCCAUCCUCAAAACAGAUGCUUUUAGAAAGAUGCCAGAUAUAAAAUUGUUAGCAUUAUGGAGACAACAAUGACCCACCAUGUGCAAGUGGGAAUACCUAAUCCCCCUUUUGCACAUGGUGGAGGACACAAAGUGGAGGCAACGGUGGGCAUCAAUCAUGCCCCUUCAAUCAUCCAUUGUAUAUGUAUAGCUAUGUGUGUGUGUGUGCUCAGGUGUGUAUGAAGAACACAGAGAGCAGCGUGAGAAACACAGAGAGAAGAGAGAACAGAGAAGAAUAGAGAGAGCUUGAGAGAGUAGAGUUGAGUUGAGAAAGUUUUAUCUCCUCCUCCUUUGUUUGUAUUGUUUGUAAGUUUCAUUAAUACAAACCAGUAGCUCCGUGGAGUAGGCAAGUUGCCGAACCACGUAAAUUGUGUGUGUUUGAGUUCUGGAAAUAUCCCAACAACUGGUAUCAGAGCUUGUUCUUGACAAAGAGGGUGUUUGAUCCAAACUCAAAAAUCAAAGUUCUCCAAACGUGUUUUUGAACAUACCAUCGUGUAGAGGACAACCGGAAGAAUCCACUGUUGAAAACCCGGCGAAGAACCGACGUCCU